AUGGAAGACGAUGAUAUGGGAAUGCCUUCCGGAAAGUACGCUCGAAUGGAAGAUGAUAUGGGAGAGAAUAAAGAACGAUUCGCAAGGGAAAACCAUUCAGAGAUCGAAAGACGUCGUCGUAACAAAAUGACUCAUUAUAUAAAUGAAUUGGCUGAAAUGGUUCCCCAAUGCGCUUCUCUUGGCCGUAAACCGGAUAAAUUAACAAUUCUUCGAAUGGCCGUAUCCCAUAUGAAGGGAAUUCGUGGACAUUCUGCACAAGAUGAAACUUCUUAUAAACCAUCAUUUCUCACUGAUCAAGAAUUGAAACAUUUGAUUCUGGAAGCAGCGAACGGAUUUUUGUUUGUAGUUUGUUGUCAAACUGGAAAAGUUCUUUAUGUUGCUGACUCGAUUACUCCGGUUUUGAAUUUGAAACAGGAAGACUGGCUUCAAAGAAAUUUAAAUGAGUUGAUUCAUCCAGAUGAUCAAGAUAAAAUUCGAGAUCAGUUGUGUGGAAGUGAAGUUUCCGUAAAUAAAGUGCUCGAUUUGAAGACUGGAUCCGUAAAACGCGAAGGAGCAUCAACUCGUGUUCACAUGUCAUGUCGACGUGGAUUCAUCUGUAGAAUGCGUGUCGGAGCUCUCGAGCCACUUCAUCGUCUUCGAAACCGUCGGCCUCUCUUUCAACAUGCUGGACAGAAUUAUGUUGUGAUGCAUUGCACUGGUUAUAUUAAAAAUGCCCCACCUCAGGGAAUCAAUGCACCGGCUUCUUCUUGUUUAGUUGCAAUUGCGAGGCUACAGGUUGCAUCAAUGCCUGUUUGUGCUGACCCAACUUCAACUAAUCAGUUCUCUGUACGAGUGGCCGAAGAUGGAAAAAUGACUUUUAUUGAUUCAAGAGUUAGUGAUUUGAUUGGUCUGAGCAGUGAUCAGUUGAUUGGAAGGUAUUGGUGGAAUCUGGCACAUCCGGCCGACGAAAAGACUCUGCAGGAUGGUUUUAUAGCUCUGUUGAGUGAUCAACCAAUGCGCCUCAAUAUCAGAGUUCGUACAAGUACAGAUUACACUCCAUGUACCGUAUCUGCAUACAAGUUUAUGAAUCCAUACUCUGAACAAUUCGAAUAUGUUGUUGCCACUCAUCAGAUAGCGCCACAAGAAGAUAUUAAUAAUUGGGUCACUGGAUCAGCUACAAAUCAACCACAGGCCACUGGAUUCGGUGAACUUGGUGCUCCAGUCGCCGCCGGUGACUAUGGACAAUCGAGUAGUGGAUGGAGACCCGAAGCACAAGUGCCUCCUCCUGCACAGUGGCAAUGGGAUCCAAUGAAUGGAUACAAUCAAUGA